AUCAGUAUGACCAUUUUUGUUAGAUCAGUGUGAUGAGUCACUUGAUAAAUGCAAAAUGGCCAAAUCUUGAGUGUAUACAAUGGAUGUGAGUGUAUUAGAUUUCAGAUGAAUAUUUUUAAUAUUGUAAUGGUGAUACAACAGAAUCAGAGACUAAGUUCGGCAUGUCAAGAUGACCGGGAAUGGGUGAGAUUUCCAUCACAGUGCACCCAACAAACAAAACUGUGGACAUACAUUCAUGUACAUGUAACCAUUGUAUAGCUUGUAGUAAAUGGACUCUAGGAAAUCCUGUAGAACUAGCCAAGAUACAUUCCAGAAUAUUGGGGAUCUCUUAAACUAGGUGGGCAUUUCAAUAGUACAUGUACAUGAAAUGUGUUUCUCUGCUUGAAGAAGCAAUUUGAAAUGCAGAGCCAGUCCAAAGUCCAACCAGUGAACUCGAAACAUUUAUGUACGGGCAAGAUGCAAAACCCAUCGUCAGAACUGCUGAGUGAUGAGAAGGAGUUCAUUGCCCACUUUGUCAGCCUGUAUGACGACAAGAGGUUCACCGACUUGAUGCUCAGGGUGGGCGGGUGUCGCUACGCUGUUCACAAAUUUGUCCUCAUCACAUCCAGUGAAGUCUUUGAAGCUAUGUUGGGUCAGAAAAGCUGGAAGGAGGCAGAAGAAGCAGAGAUUUCACUGACAGAAGAAGAGGAGUGUAUUCCUGUCUUCGAUCUCUUCCUGAGGUAUCUCUACAGUGGUUCUAUACAGAUGACAACCGACAUAGUCCUUCCUGUUUUGCUGCUGGCAGACAAAUAUGGAAUUAAAGUGCUUAGAGAGUCGUGCAUUGAUUAUAUGCUGAGACAUAUUGUGGAGUCCCCAGACACAAACCGUACCCUGACUUGGUAUCAGUAUGCCAAGAUGACGAGCCAGGAUGAGCUGCAGGAGUUGUGUUUGAAGUUCAUCCUGUCAAACUUCGACAUCAUCCUGCAGGCCCCGGACUGGCUCGAGAUGACCAAAUUGGAACUCGUCGAAUUUCUCAGCAGCUCCGAGCUGAUUGUGGAAAACGAAAUCCACUUGUGGAACAGAGUGGAGGCUUGGUUGUGCUCUGAACACAACAAGGAGUCCCUGCAGGAGAACCUGGAGAGCAUCUUGCCACUGAUACGAUUUACAAUGAUUCUGCCCAAGGAUCUCCUUCACUUAGAAUCUUCGUCUUUCUUCUCCGAACACCAUGACAUGUUCGCGGAGAAGCUCAACCUUGGCUACAAGCAUCACUCGCUUGCUAUUGAUUCAGGGGCCGUCACCAGCAAGGAGGAGUUGUAUCGGAACUACUACAGCGCCGACUACGGCCUGUGCUACAGCUUCAAACUCGACAAAUACAACUCGGUCAACAAAAUUGAAAGUAGAAUUUCUAUAGACUGUGACAUUCCUGUGCAGUUCAUGCCGACCUCUCACAAAAAGACGAGUCAACAGAUUAUUCCCCUACAGUUUGUGUUCUAUCCCAAGGGAUACUUCACGACCAUUACCCUGUACGGAACCUACUUAGGGAGACAGAGUGACAGCACGAGUCUGCGUCUGCUCAAACGUCUGCAGCCAGACAGGCCACCAAUAAAAGUCCAACUGACUUUGGUUCUCUUUGGGAUGAAGAACAAAGUGAAGUACGUUGCCAGCACGUACAACCAAGAGACGGUGAUCUGUAAGGAUAACCUGGAACUGUUUGUGGAGAACGUCAUUGACAUCUCUAAACUGACUCAGGAUGACUGCCCAUACCUGAUUCAUGGCAAUCUGGAAGGCAAGGUCUUCAUCAAAGUGCAGGACUGUGGCUUUCACUUGCUAGAAGAAAAGGCUUCUCAGAAACAUGACUGACGUUUAAACUUCCAGGCCAUACUUUUGUAAAUUAAAAAAAAGCAAAAGCAGAAACAAAAACAUAGUCGCAUUUCUUCUUUACACAUUUUUUAUUAACUAAGCUCUUUGAAAAAUUUGUACAAUAUACAAAAUAUUGUUUUAAAUUUUGAUGGUUAAUUAUUGAAGAAGUGUAAUAUUAAUAGUCCAUGUAUGUGUUCAGAUAUAGUGACCUUUGUACAAAUAAAUGGGAUUUAAUGCAUACAGCUGUAUAUUAAGCUGAUUACAAAUAUGUAAACUAGAUUAGAUGCAUAAUAGAAGUUGAACCCCAAAUAUCCUGAUAUCCAGUUGUUGUAAAAUGUAGAAAGUGGAAUAGCAUUAAAUCCUUAUAUACCAUCCACGUGUUAGCUUACACAUGUAUGUGUGUAGCUAUGAUUUGCAAAGUUCUAUUAAAUGUUUUUUUGUUUGUUUCGUUUUGUCCUGUAUGGUUAUUUUUAUAAUUAGUAAUGAUUCAUCUCAUCAGAGCAUCUGUGUAUAGAUGUGGUAAAAGAAAUAUUGUAAUGUUAUCUUGGUAAAUAUAUAGAUGAUAUUGUAUGUCAGAUAUGCUUUAUAUCUCAUUGAAUUAAGUGUGCAAUCACAUCACACGAGUUGUGCCACCAUGAUGAGUGUGAUAUGAAAUUAUACACUUUGUAAAAUGAGAUAUCUAUAUUUGACCAAAAAACAUGAAAUGUUCACUUUCUUAUAUAACAUUUUUAAUUUUACCAUUUAUACUAAAAACAUACAAAUCCAAAAAAAACAAUAUAUCACAAAUCCAUUGUGUAACCAAGCAAAGAAAAUUUUGACAAGUGACAUCCAUUAAGCAAUUGGUGUAACCGACCAGUGACAUUAUCCUUCUUUUUUUCAGUGAAAUAACAGUUCCAACUCUGAAAGAUAAUGAUAUAUGGCACAUGGAUACUUCCAUUGUGCUAUAACAAUACAAAUUAUUUGUGAAUUAUUUUAACACUCUAAUAGUUUUAAUUGCUGAUAACCCAAUUUAAAAAUUGGUGUUUCAGUUUGUUUGAGUUUUCCCCCAAAUACCUUUAAUCACUUUCAAUAGCAUAUUAUUAAAACAAAGAAGAAAGAAUUGGAAAUACAUUCUAAAAUGUCCCCCAAACAGCAGAAUUAUAUGAAAGUAUGGUUACAGUAAACCAAUAAUUUGUUCAUUAAGGUCUAUACACAUGCAUUUUAUUGUUAGAAAAUUGUGAUUGUGUUCAGAAUAGUUGGUUCAUUUAUUUAUUUAUUAUUUAUUUAGUACUAGCAUGUAACUAUUAUGAGCUAACUGUGGUAGUUGCAAUGAUAUCCUAUUUGUACAAGUUUGUUUAUUUAUUUUUGUCGCUUUUAUCCAAGUCUUUCAUGUGUCAUGCAAGUGCAAUUAUGUGUCUAAAGAAAUGUCAAAACUUUCUGUUGGUCAACUGAAUUAUAAUGUAUUUUUAGUUGUUAUAACUGUGGACCAUUUCUCUGUGUGACCUACAUUUUAUUAUUGGGAGAAUUAAAAUAUUAUUUUGACUGCAGCAUAUUUUUUAUAAAUACCCAGAGAAUUUAAUUUUGUUAUAAUAUAUUGCAUACAUGUAGCAACUAGCACAUAUAUAAUGGCAUCAAUAAAAUCCUUUUGGAUAUACCAUUGUAAAACACUCAUUUACUAUCUUGCAAAAUCCAAACAAAAAAUAAACUAUUUUAAACGCAUUAAAUUAAAAAAAGAAAGAAAUGAUAUGAUAGAACACAAUGAUAUAAGUCACACAUUUCGCAGGUACCUAGUUUCCUGGACACGCCACAAGGCCCACAUUUUCAUUGCAUAAUUAUUCAAUGACUAAUUUUAUUUAAAAGUGACUGCUCAUUUCACAUCAAGGGAAAUAUAAUAAUUAUAUUGAUAAAUUCUAUGUAGCUCAGAGAUUGGUGUCAUUAAAGAAAACUUACUAAUACAAGUUGUGGCUAAAUGCAGUUUUGGAUAAAUUUAAUGCUAGUAGUAUAGCUAUCUUUUUCUGCAGAGUGAACCCUGUGUGUACAUACUUUGUGUGAAAUGCUAAAUAUCUAUAUAAUAUACAGUUAAACCUCUCAAAACCAGACCCUCAGUAAACUGGAAUUCCAUCAAAACCAGAUGUUUUUCACAGUCCCUUUUUAAACACCAAUGCAAAUCAGAACCUCUCUAAACCAAAUACCCUUUAAAACCAGACUUUUUAUUUGGUCCUGUGGGUGUCUGUUUUAAAGGGGUAUCACUUAAGCUUGUAGCUUUAAAAUACUAUCUAUGAUAUACAGAUAUAUAAAUAGAGAAUAACAGAUUAAUGUUGUAAGGUUAUCGACUUUAUCCUGUAGUGGUAAGAAUGCAAAACUCUACAAGGCUUGUCGAGGGAAUUCCCUGUUCAUUCUGAGAGCUAUAGAGACUAACAGGUAAAUGUACGUUAUUGGCUUUAUCCUGUAGUGGUAAGAAUGCAAAACUCUACAAGGCUUGUCGAGGGAAUUCCCUGUUCAUUCUGAGAGCUAUAGAGACUAACAGGUAAAUGUACGUUAUUGGCUUUAUCCUGUAGUGGUAAGAAUGCAAAACUCUACAAGGCUUGUCGAGGGAAUUCCCUGUUCAUUCUGAGAGCUAUAGAGACUAACAGGUAAAAUGUACGUUAUUGGCUUUAUCCUGUAGUGGUAAGAAUGCAAAACUCUACAAGGCUUGUCGAGGGAAUUCCCUGUUCAUUCUGAGAGCUAUAGAGACUAACAGGUAAAUGUACGUUAUUGGCUUUAUCCUGUAAUGGUUACAAUACAGAAUUCCAUGAGGCUUGCCGAGUGAAUUCCCUGUUAAAUCGGAACAGGAUAAAACCGAUAACCUACUAGUAUGUCAUUAAUCUAUUUAAGUAUUAUUAUGUUUAUCCAUCAAAUAAAAUUAAACAAUCAUAUUUAUUCCUAAUUUUUCAUACACAAAUGUAUGACCAACCUACGCAAAAAUUAUUUUUGGCAGUUUUGCAGGAUGAUGUCGAACAAGUUAUGAUAUCAUUCCUUGUAAGAUGUUAAAUUUCUUGUAUCAAAAUACUAGGUUUUAACUCUAACUAAGUAGAUAUGUAUGUCUUUUUAUGACCACACUAACACCAAGGUUUAUUUUUAUAUACUGUAUUGAAAAUAAUGAAAUUAAUAAUCACUGAAAAUCAGUCCAAAAUACACGUCGAUUCAGGCUUGGAUCAAGUGAGAAGCAAUAUCCUGAAAGUAGCACUCUAUGACCUUGCUUACAAACAGUCGUUGCAGGAUAAAAAGUGUUACAUGUGUUAUGUCUGUUAACAUUAUCCCAAGACUACUGUUGUUAUUUAUUACAUAUUAUGUAUUGAUGUACCGGUACUUGAUAUUGUAAAUCUAUUUUGUUAAGAGGUAAUUGUGGAAUCUUACUCAAUAUUUUGUUUAGAGGCAACUGUGGAAUCUUACUCAAUACCAUAUACAUAUUGAUGUUUAGUAGAAACAAAACAAUAAAAGUGCUUAUAAGUA